UGUCAUCCUCCCUGUGUGCGUGUGUGGGGCUCGGUCGGUUUCGGCUGCGUUUUUUCAGUUUUUUUUAUAAUAUUUCCCACGUUUCUUGCUAUAAACAUACAUAAAUUAAUUAUAUUAGAAAUACCCCCUUCUAGAAAUAUUGAAUGUCAUGUCUGUCGUAGCCAUCCAUGGAGUACCUGCGUAUUGGAAACUGGAUCGCUUGGUGGGCACUGUCUCGAAGGUAGUCAAGGGCCACUUCGAGGCGCUGAACUUUCAACACGGGAAGGGGGGCGUUAAGACCGCAUUCAUCCGAGUAUCUGAGAAAUUGGACCCGCUCCGAGUCGUGGAGAGCAUCAAUCGGCUGAACCUUCAUAAGUGCAAGCUGGUUGCGGUUAUACCAAAUAGUGUACCGGAUUUGCCGUUGUGUGCAAUGACAAAAAGGAAGGACAAGAAGAAGAAGGCAAGAGUGCCUCUAAAGGAUUUCAGUCCAGAGCAG